AUGAAACAUCUUGUUGUUUUUCUGUUAGUUACUGUUGCUUUGCAGUUUGGAUUAAAUGACGCUUGCACCGACAACGAUGUCGUAUUUCGAAACCGCCUUGGUAAGGAUAUUAUUCUCAAAGUGAGUUGCGAAUCCAACAAGAAACAUCGAUCCAUCGGUUCGGUAAACUUCAUGGGCAUUCCACAUCGUAUCACCUUCGGUGAAGAAGUCGGUGGCAAGACUACAUGGCAUUGCUUAUUGCGGUAUGGACAAUUUACUUCACAUUUUAGAGCAUACAAAGGAGGAUCCUUGAUACCUCGAUGUGGGGAGUUACGAGUUUAUAUUGCCAAACCUGAUGGAAUCUACUUAGAGAAAAAUGCGGAUCGGGAGAAACUUGACCAGCGUUGGAUGAAAAUGUAA